AUGCGUUCGACACUCUGGUCACUAUUAGGCCUAACCGGGUUGGCCUACGCCAGCACCGAAGGUUCCUGCAAAUGCACACCCGGAGACUCAUGCUGGCCAACACUCGACACUUGGAAUGCGCUCAACGCGUCAGUAUCUGGAAAGCUCAUCAAGAACACCCCUCCUGCCAUUUCCUGUUAUCCGGGUCCCUACCAGAACGACGAGGAAUGCGCUUAUGUCUAUUCGCAAUGGUCCAAUGAAACCUGGCAGUCUCUGUCACCUGUCGGAUACAUCUAUCCAACAGAUGACAAUUGCCCGCCCGUGGAUCUCAGCUCGGGAGAGAAGCCUGGAAACUGUACCUUGGGACAGGCUCCUUUGUACACCAUCAAUGCGACAGAGCCGGAAGAACUGGCUACUGGGAUGGCGUUUGCGAAGAAGAACAACAUCCGUCUUGUUGUUAGAAAUACCGGCCAUGAUAUCCUCGGAAAGUCGGAGGGUUAUGGUGCCCUGCAAAUCUGGAUCAAGUAUAUCCAGAAAGGAAUCACUUAUCAUGAAAACUACGUGCCAUCGGACCAGUGUAAGCACACAAACUGGACUGGCGCUGCGUUCACGAUCGCAGGUGGUUACGUCUGGUCGGACGUCUAUCAGGAGGCAUUUAAGCGUAACCUGACCAUUGUUGGUGGAGGAGACCCUACGGUGGGUUGCAUCGGUGGAUACAUCCAAGGUGGCGGCCACUCACCCGCAAGCCGCGACUACGGUCUAGGAUCAGACCAAGUCCUCGAAGCGCAAGUCAUGCUAGCCAACGGCACCACCGUGACAGCCAACGCAUGCCAGAACUCCGACCUCUAUUUCGCGAUCCGAGGCGGCGGCGGCGGCACCUACGGCGUCGUCACCUCCGCAGUCGUAAAAGCCUACCCUUCCAAACCCGUCGUGGCCCAAUCGCUCGCCAUAAUGCCCCUGGGAAACAACACCGACGCCCUCCUGGAAGCAGUCACAGACAUCCACACCGAAUAUCCAUCCAUCUCCGACGCAGGAUUCUCCGGAUACGGCACCUGGUCCAUCAACGGCCCCAUGGUACUCUUCGGCAACGAGACGGUUGGUUACGUCCAUGCCGUGGCAGCCAUGGGCAAAUCCCAAAAGUACGCGGAGGUAGCAUUUGAGCCUCUCCUGAAGAAACUGCAGAAAUACAACGGUACUUCGCUCUUUGUUUCGGUUCAAUGGUUCCAGUUUCCCUCCUAUCCGGCUUACUACAACGCCAUGUCGGGGGCGCAUCAAUCUACUGGCUCCGCGAAUUCGGCUUUGACUUCGCGAAUGUUCGACAAGGACUCUCUGACCAAGAACCGUACUUUGCUUCGCAGGAUGAUCGGUGUUAUUGCCGGGGCUCCGGAAGAGUAUACCAUCAACAGUGUGGAGCUGGUCGGUGGUGGAAAGGUACUGACUGACGGAGAAGACCGUUUCUCGGGUGUCAAUCCAGCCUGGCGCUCGACGUAUAUGGUCAAUGUUGUGGCUAGGGGUUGGGCUGACGAGUCCACCGCUCAAGCUGUCAAGGAUGAUAUUACUUACAAGAAGGGUGGGGCGAUGAGGGCGUUGACUCCCAAGCUGGGUAGCUAUAUGAACGAGGCCGAUCGAAACGAUCCUCUCUGGGCUACUGACUUUUUCGGUGCUAACUACAAGCGCCUGUCUUUGAUUAAGCGGAAGUAUGACCCGGAGGGCUUUUUCUACUGUCCAGCCUGUGUGGGUAGUGAGGCCUGGCAUCAGGAUAGCCUCCCCGGUCAGGCUUACGGUCCUCUUUGUCACGGGAGAAAGUAG